AUGGGCUCCUCCUCGCCGCCGCCGAGCUCCACCGCCUCCCACGACGGCGACGACGACGACGACCGCCGCCAAGAUGCCAUGUGGGAGAGGCCGACGCACGCGAGGAUCCUCGUGUCGGACGCCGACGCGGGCUGCAUCAUCGGCAAGGCCGGCUCCGCCGUCCACGCCAUGGAGGCCCGCUCCGGGGCCCACAUCAAGAUCUCCGCCAGGGGCCGCCCCCUCCCCGGCACGGACCGCAGGGUCGUCUUCGUCUCCGGCCCCUUCCCCGCCGUCAUGGACGCCGCAGACCUCGUCCUCCAGAGGCUCUUCUACCUGGGCGACCAGGUGAUUGACGCUGAGGCUACCGUGGUGCUCGUGGUGCCCGACGCCUGCUGCGGCGCGCUCAUCGGCAAAGGAGGGGAGGUCAUCAAGUCCUUAGCUGAGGAGUCAAAUACUGGAAUCACGGUCUCACCCUACGACAUCUGCUACGGUUUCCAUGAUAGACUGGUUACGAUCACUGGACAUUUGGACAAUCAGUUGCAGGCUAUAUUUCUUAUAUUGUCUGAGUUGCUUGACGAUGUCCGCUACUCAUCCUCCACCGCAAGCUUUAGUUUUCCAAGUUCAAGUAUUCGGCGUGGCGGUGAUGGGCAAGAUGAACAUGUUGAAAGAUGCCACAGCAGUCCUGACACACCCGUGAGAUCGCCUGACUACGACAGCGAUGUGCAAGGGACCCUCACCAUGGGUGUCUCGGAAGAGUACGUGGGCGCCGUCAUCGGCUGUGGCGGAAGGAUCAUAAAUGAGAUCGAACGGGUACGUACAUAUCUCCCGCACCACUGAAGCGCAACCACAAGCAGUUAAACAACAGGGCAAUGGUUUGGACUAAUGGUUCGUCGUCGGAAUGCAGGUUACGGGUGUGCAGAUCAAAAUCCUGAAGAGGGAGCUCAUAUCUGGGACGAACGAGAGGGAGGUGGUGAUCACCGGGAAACGGGAGGCGGUCGAUGCGGCGGAGGAGAUGAUCGUGCAGCGGGUCUUGGCUGCCGCCAAAAGUCGCCGCCGGCUGGAGGGUGGCGAUGGUGGUGACAGGCGGCCUGUGCAGGAAGUGGAGCAGCAGCAGCAGUACGUAGGGGUGAUACAAGAAACCAGAGCAUAGCACUGAAUCAGUGGUAGUGGUGGUGGUGGUGGAGCGGGAGAUGUCCCAAGCUUUUUUAGUCCUUGCAUACGUUGCUGGAGCAGUUAAUUAGCAAGAAUUGCUUACUUGGGAGGGGAAGUCAUGGUGCACUCACUGAUGGCCUCACGGAUGAUUGUGUUUCGGUGAGAGGAUGGAUGAUUCCUCUGGGUUUGAUUCAUCCAACCCAUGAGGAGAUGAGUUUUGAAAUGGAAGUCUGAAACAAAGUUGUUUCUAUUUGCACA